UUGUUUGGCUUAAAUUCGAUCCAUACGUGUCGGGUGAGUGAUCCCAGAGCGUUUUUUUUCCAUUCCAUUCGCGAUAGAAUCUUUGUUCUUGCGCUGGAUUGAGGGAAGAACAGAGCGCUCUUCUUGGGCUGAAAGGGAGGGAAGAAGAAUCGUGAUCAUAUUGUGCAAUGUGGAGUAGAAUUCCUUCUAAUCAAUCCCUGAUCUAUCCUCUCAAUCUUUGUUCUUGAGAGUCUGAUUUGAGAGAAGGUAGCAACAAUUAUUUCUUGCGCGCACAAUGUGGAAGGAGUGAUGAGGUGAAUUCCCUCUUUUUCAUAGCCUCUGCUCUUCCAAAGCUAGACAAGAAAUUCCCCAACUAGAAUCGAUUAGAAUUGGAUCCAAUCCGAAAGAGGAGGAGCAAUUCCAAUCCAAUCCUAUCAUGGGCGCCGAGAAGCGAUCGAUGAUUGAUCACCCAAUGCCCGGCUGCGGCGAAGCGAGCAAGAAAAAGUACCGGGGCGUGAGGAUGAGGACGUGGGGCAAAUGGGUGUCGGAGAUUCGUGAGCCCACCACGCAAGCCCGGAUAUGGCUGGGGAGCUUCGCCACCCCCGAGAUGGCGGCGCGGGCGUACGACGCGGCGGUUCUCUAUCUCAAGGGCGCCUCCGCCCUUCCCGCGCUCAACUUCCAGGAUUCCAUUCACCACUUGCCCAAUCUCGCCGCAUUCUUUGAUCAAUCCACCGCCAAUUCCUCGUCCGAUGAUCCACUGGCGCCGCAGAUCAAGGCAAUCCAGGCUGCUGCAGCCGCCGCUGCUACCGCAUCGAUGGAUCGCUCCACCGAGGAGCAAGAUUCCUCCUCCAGGACGCUGUCCCUCCAAGAGCAAAUCCUUGGAAUGGAGCAACAAGAGAGUGGACGUUUCUCCCAAAAUCCAGGGGACGAUCGCGACGAUGAGGUCGUGUUCCUGGCAGAGAAGAAGCCCAGGAUCGCAAUGCAGGAGCAGGAAAUCGUGGAGGUCGAGGCCAUGGCCGAGGAGCAGCGAAAUUGGCUGGAUUUCUACUGCGACAACGAGUGGAUCUUUGAUCUGCCGCAGGUUUUCAUGGCCAAUUCGCCUCUCGGCAGCCCGAUAGACGAGGUCGACAGGAUGGACGACCGGCUCUGGCCGCAUUCUUGCAAUCCACUGUGAUCCAUCGCAGCUCUAUAGACUAGAUUUCCCGGAAGUGUACAUAUGCUCUGUUUGGGUUCUAUCCUCUGUUUUUAGGGUUCUUGGUUGGUCAACCAAUCAUUUUCUCAUGGGACAUCCUUCCAUUUCACUCCAGCUGGAAUGUGGAUUGGAAGCUGCCCUUGAAAUUCCUCCUUGUCAGUUCUUAUAAUUGUCGAAUAGCUUUGACAAUCCAAAGGAUUCCUUGUA